UAGGAAUAUCCAACCUUCAUAAUCAAACAACUUGGGGUGGCUGUUUUCUGCUUCCCUGAACACUGAACAGAAUGGCUGUUUCGAUAUUGACUAGUGUCUUUUUCAGUUUUGUAAUACUGCAAAGCCUCGGGGCUUGCGAACAGAAAACAGCGAAUAUUGUAUUUAUGCCACUGCCUGUUGCAAACAGCCCAUAUUUCAAUACGCUAGCACUUGCAGAAGAAAUGGUUGAUAGAGGACACAAGGUUUCGAUUUUAACCACCGAAUUUCUGCGAACACGGAAAGGCAAAGUGAAACAUGUUGACUAUCAACUGCCAAACAGAAAGUUGGCGCAAAACAUAGACCAGUUGAUUGGCGACGUAGCACUUAAUUUUGGGCCAAUUUCUUUUCUGAACGUCGUAAAAGAUUCAUUGCAGAUUUUGCUUGAUUCCUGCUUUGCAAUGCUGCAAAACAACAAUACACUAAAAGAGAUACAAGACGCAAGCAUGAUCGUUACAAUAUCAAUAAUGCCAUGUGGAUAUUACAUAGCUGACUUAUUUGACAAGCCAGUCGUCACAUUAACCACUGCUGCCUACUUCUGCAUUGGUCAUUAUACAGGUGCUCCAAGCCUGCCCAGCAAUAUCCCUUCAGCAGCAUCUAGAUCAACAGAUGAAAUGACAUUCUUAGAAAGAACCCAAAACUUUAUCAAUUAUAAAUUAAGAGACAUUGGGAUGGAUUUUUUGGUCAACUACUAUUUCAGAGAACUGCAGUAUGCAUAUGGUAUGAAAAGCAAAGGACGUUUCUCUGAGCUUUUUGGAAAAACAGAGUUGAUAAUCCUGCCUCUCGACUUUGCAUAUCAAUAUGCUCAUCCAAUCAUGCCAAAUACCUUUUUUGUUGGACCAUUGUUGGCGAAACCACCAAAAGAGUUACCCGAAGAUAUUGAAAAAUUCAUGCAAAGUUCUGGAGAGCAUGGAGUAGUAUUGGUUUCUUUUGGAAGCUCGGUGUGUUUUAUGGAUGGAGUGAUCAUCAAACGAAUUCUAACUGCAAUUUCUCGCAUGAAACAAAAGUUCAUCUGGAAAAUGAAGUCGACAACGAACCUUGAAAUUCCUGCUAACCUUAAAGCAGUUAAAUGGUUGCCUCAAAAUGACAUUCUUGGACAUGAAAAAACCAAGGCCUUUGUCAGUCACAUGGGACUUAAUGGCGCAGCGGAAGCUGCGUACCACGGUGUUCCAACCGUCGCUGCGCCUUUCACCGGUGAGCGAAUCCAAAAUGCCUUGGUAUUUAUAAAGAGGGCAAAAAUGGCAAGAUUCAUCGACAUUUUAAAUGCAGAUGCCGAGACGUGGCAGCACACAAUCGAAGAAGUUAUUAACAACUCAAGCUACAAAGAACAUGCAUUGAUGGCGUCAAAACGUAUGCAAAGCUGGCCAAAAUCAAGUGCAGAAAGGGCCGGAGAUCUUGUUCAAUACGCUCUUGAUAAUGGUGGACGUCUGCCUCAUUUGAAGUCAAACGCAAACACUCUGUACUGGUUCCAAUACUACUGUGUUGACGUCAUUGCGUUGUUGCUUGCGCUCGCAGUGUUGUUGCCUUUAGUUAUCUUUAAAAUGCUUAAGUUCUUGCUUGCGUUGCUGUGGAUACAUAGAGAGAAAUCGAAGGAAGAUUGAACUCCUGCCUUGGAAAGGAAUUGUUUCUCAAGCUACAUGUAUUAUAUUGCUACAAGUAUUAUAUUUCUGCAGUUUCCUUACUCGAUUCCAAAAAUAAGUCUUCUAGAUCUUCUUUCAUAAGUUAAGUAAGAAAUGCACAUGAUGCAUUUAAAAUGUCAAAAAUUCUAGCCUCCACGAUACUCAGAUGCAUGUUUUAUAAGGAGCUCUUUUACCAGCUAUUUCCUGGCUCUAG